AUGUCACAACAAGUGUGUCCCACACCAUACCCAUCCAACUUCGCCGGCCGCGAUGAACACGCUGACUCAGAGCACUUUGCUCGAGCCUUGCGUCCGCCGCCGUCUGGACUUCAUGUCCUGCAAAAUGCGUGUCCACCGGUCUCUCCGCACCCGGCAGGACUUGAUGUCUUACUGUUCCGAGGCGUUUUACUCGUCGCAUACGCAGCCGCCGAGGAGCUCGUCAUUGCUCGUGGAACAGAUCUAGAUGCACUACGCAGAUUGAGAUGUCCAAGGGCAAACCUUUCCGCGAAGGUUACAGCUUUGGCUUUUCGAGAGCGCGAUGGCGCGAUUGCAGUUGCUUACGGAAACCUCGUCGUCGUCUUCGAUGGCUGGUCGGACAGAGCCAAGGAAGCUGAUAACGUUUAUACUGAGAACUUCGUCGAGACGGUGUUGGAUCUGGAAGAGCGUGGCGUCAAGGAAUCUGUCGUUUCUCUUUCUUGGAAUGCCGAUGGUGACCGCCUAUGUGUCAUCGCUGACUCCAUCAUAGUGUGGUCGUUGGACACUUCUUACAUGCCCGUCAAGUACUGCGAUGCUUGCACCAUACCGUCCACUGAAAUUCCAUCUCAGCCACUCUCGAUCGGCUCUAUAUCUCCAAACGCCAUGUUUAUUGCCGCGUCCGGCUUGUAUAGUCGUGUAUCCUACGUUUGGGCCUUGCCAAUUGGUCGUCCUAUCUUACCCACAGAAAAGCUACCAUGCGCAGAAAUUGUUCACGGCCGUUCCGGCAUCUCCACGAUGGACUGGAAAAGGAGGGGAGGAGGUAACCCUGCCUUGAUGACGGCAGAUCGCGAUGGAACUCUUCGCCUGUGGGUCAGGGCAUCGAGCAAACGCCACCGUGUCAGCAUACCGGGGAACACAAAGUUGGCAUCAGGCGCAGACUCUUGGAUUGAAGAAAUUGCCCGAAGUCCACAUGUUGAACGAACGCCGCGAGCGGGAGCCACGUUUCUUAGUUGGGGUGGUGGUGGUGGUGUAGCUGACGAUGAAGGCGAUGCUCAAGCGACAACGGCGGCACACCCCCUCCUGGCCGAGGGUACUGCUCCAAAGCCAAGCCGUUGUUACCACUGGAUCAUUCGUGUGGCGGGCGGAAAUGCGUGCGCAUGGCGGGUACGGGGCCUGGAUGAUCGCCCGAGGGCUGAGUUUACACGAAUUGAACCAGGUACAGGCGACCCCUAUCUUGGCACAGAUGACGAGCAGAACGAUGACUUGAAACCCCCAGAGCUUCCACUGCGAGACGUUUCUGUAGCGGCAAUGAAGGCGGUAGCUCCAAUUCCCCUCACCACGGCGUCAACAUACAAGAUUGGCCUUGUCAAGUCAUACGCUAUUUCUAACGGUGAGCGAAGAUUACGGAGUCCAGAACCCCCUGAACCGCCCAACUUGGUCGCAGUGUUUGUUCUUGCAGUGCGAAACGGCCUUCCAUACCUUGCUCGAUACGAUAUUUGCCCUACAUUGAAUAUGCCCGCGGUUUGUCGGGCACGCAUAGGGGUGGGACAUUCUUCAGAUGUGGUCGACCUAGUCACAAGCGAGCAGACUUCGAAUCAUGCUAUUUCAAGUGGUGGAUGGCUAGCAAGUCGUGGACAGAAUGGCGAUGUGGUCUUUUGGCGAACCACUGUCGCUACAGGUGCAUGGGAGCCCCUCACCGCGGUUGCCGCCCUACCGGGACCCCAUACAGCGGUGGCUUUUGCACCCGCCCGAGUGGCAUCACCAAAUCUCUGGGAAGUCGGGGUGUUCACAUGUGAUUCGGCUCUCGGUUCCCUGCGACUUUUUCAGUUUGUAAACUUUGUGAAUAAGAAGGAGAACGCUUCUGCACAUGAUAUUCAGAUUGCCAAGCAGGUCGCCGUUUGCCAUCCACGCGGUAGAGGGCAAAGCGAUACCGUAGGUCAACUCAUCGCAAUGCCCCUUGGUAAGUCAAUUUCUGACCCUGUCAGCAGUGCUCGCUGUGCUCUCAUCGGUGUCCGAGAUGAGGGUCGUCUAUGUGUGUGGCGUGUCGCGCGUCGGCGGAAAGAAGAGAUUGUCAUGGAGCCGAGUGUUCUGAGAUUUAUCGGGGGCCGUAGUGAGUUUGUUACAUGCGCGUCGACGAAUGAACUAGCAAGCCUAAGCCGUCAGAUUUUCGUAACCGGUGGCAAAGAUGGUUCUGCGCAUGUGUACAGCGUGACAGAAUCGGAGAUGGAUGCUGGCGAGAGUGAUGGUGACGAUAGUGAAGAUGAAGAGUCAGACGAGGGUGUCAUUUGGCUGCGGGAAUUGUAUCAUUUGCGUUGCGGCGACGAAGAUGGUUUACCAGUGGAAAAAGUUGAAGUGAUUCGAGGUGGAUCUCGCAUUCUUGUGAUGCAGGCGGACGGAAGAACAAGGGUUUGGGCACGCGGUUCGUCAGACAACACGUCAUGGCAUAUCGAACUAGAUAUAAACGGACAAAAGGCUAAGGGUCACCGACAACCCUCUGUCAGUCCGGACGUACCAUGCGACGCGAUAACAUCGGCUGACUGCGGAGCAUCAAUUGGAUAUGACCACGACGGAAACUUUUCUGUAACCGUUUUAAAGCGAGACGGUGGCUUUGAUCGGUAUCGACGAGUGCUAGGUGCUCCGUGGGAGUGCUUGCAACAAGGAGAGAUUCUACAUGACCGGCUUGCGCUGCAAAAACACGCACUGAGGCAUAUUGGAAAAGGAGUGCUUGUUGCAACGAAUGGGAGAGGGGUUUCUGUUCUGGCUACGACAAAACCUGAUUCUCACCCGCUGAGCUUCAUGUCCGGAGCUGCUGGAUAUUCUCCAUCGAAAGCUGUAUUUUCGCAGUUACUUACAGGCGGGCGAGCAUGGCAAGUCCUGGCUGGAUUGGACGAGUUGCACAACUUCGUUGCGACGGUGACAAAACGGAAAGCAUCGGAGUCUUCUUAUGGUGCUGGUAGGGGCCUAAUACCACCUCCCCCGUCAUUAUCGAUGCUCAUGUCAGACAAAGAAGAUGCACCCCGGGACACCCCAACGAUGCAAGGGCACCAGCUAGAAACCGCAAUGUCUCCAUUUCAGAUGAAAACAGACGCGAAAAGUCUGUUUGCCCGCCUCAUGGCAAAGUCCGAUGCAAAAAUUUCCUCAUCGUUUGGUGGCAGAAAUGAGGACAACGAGAAGUCAAGUGAAAACGAAGCCGUUGACAGUGGUAGGGAUGAACUUGAAAAGUUAGCGACUCGACUGAAGAUUGUCUCACUUGCUGGAAUGACUCGCUCCGAACAGGGGGUUCUAGCCGCAAUCGCGCGAGCGUCUUCCUCUUUGCGCCAAACUUUCAGGUCUCUGGAUUCUUCAGGAGCAAAGUAUGCGCUCAUGGCCGCUAGCCAUCUGGAAGUCUCUGAUACUGUCCUCGUCCCUCUUCCAGUAGUCGCGAGUGCGGUACAUUCGUCGUCUUCGGACGCAUUGAUGGACCAUUUCCUGCCGCCGUUAAAACCGGGCGACGAUUAUGUUGCGGGAAAGCGGAAGAUGUGGGAGAAGGCAAAGAACCUUGGUGCUGGCUGGUGGGUUAGCUCUAGCUCAGGCUGUAAGAAUUUGGCGGAGCGUAUCGCUCGAUCGGAUUUUAACUCUAACAGAAACGCAGAUGAUGCUGCUCUUUGGUACGUUGCCCUUGGACGUCGCACGGCACUUUCUGCUCUAUAUAGAAGUCAGCAGAACACACGAAUGUCACAUUUUCUUCGUCGGAAUUUUGCUCUUAGUGAAAAUCGACUUGCCGCUGGAAAGAAUGCUUACGUGUUGGUAUCGAAGCAUCGCUUAGAGCUUGCUGUUGCAUUUUUCAUAUUAGCCAAUGAUGUGCGCGGUGCUCUCAGUUUAGUUCGAAGUCGGAUCAAAGAUGACCAGCUGGCUUUGUUUUUGUCUCGAAUACUUGGAACUGAUGAACAUGACUAUGUUCAACAAACUUUGGAGCAUAUUGUCGAAUCGAGCAGCGCUAGUGGAGACGAUCACAAGAAGAGCAUAGCUCUGUGGCUCUCCGGGAAACAUGAGGAUGCUCUUAAGACCGCAGGUGAUGCGACAUAUCCCCCGCCAGCCAUGAGGUUAACAGACACUGACCGGAUACUUACAGGAUCACUGCCCAGCGUAGUUCAUUCUUUGUCUCAUGUCCUAGCAAUAGUGAAUCGGCCACCCAUAAUUGGUACUCUCAUCGCCAAGGCGGAAGUGGAAAAAUGUCGUGCAAAGGCAUGUCGUGCGUUGAUAGGCGAUGGCAGCCCCGUGGCAGCCCUUUUUAUCAAUUUCGAAAUGAUGAGAUCAAGUGCAAGUGCAGACAGGCCCCGUUCUUCUGCUGCUGAGGUGGAUACCCUUCAGAAUCCAGCGCUUUUGGCGGCUGUAGAUACUCUGGUGGGGAGAGCAGUAUGCCUAGCAGGUGCCGUACGAUCGGGAGCGACGGAGAAGACAUUGCAUGAGUUGCUUUUGCGUGAUAUUCAGGAUCUCAUCGAAAGUCCAAUAGGUGCGAAGAUAACUAUGCGUGCCGUGGAGCACGCAACCUUUGAGCUCACCAAAGAGGACGAAGUUGAUGCGGGAAUGGCAGCCACAUGUGCUGCACUAGAAGCCCUGCGACAAGGUGACAAAGUCAGCUCUAGUCUGUGUCGUGUUGUCCAAGGGGCUCAGCGAAGCUGUCUACGUGUGGCGGUGUCCCGAGGUCUCUUCCACGUUCAAGGUGCUUUAUCUCUUAUGCAUCACCCUACGUAUUCGAGUCAAAGGCUGUCUGAGUUAUUACGCAAAUAUCGAGCCGCUGUACUUCUGGUUGAAAAGACCGAGUCUUCUCGCAGCGCUCUCUUCAAGCGACUUUUGCUUGAGUUUAAAGGGGCAGUGCUUGCUCUCAGGUUUGCUUUUGCGUUCCUUCGCGGAGAUUGGCCGGGGCUGCUGUAUGCAUUGCGGGGCUGUGAAUUAUCAUGGCAAGUAUCCAACUCAACGGAUGAGCUUCCAGCAGAUCGUGAGUUUGAAGAUAGCUCGUCAAUGACAUCCUGUUGCAGUUCGCUAGCACCUGACCUGAUAUCUGUGGAGGCUUUACGACAUGUCGCAAGUAAUCCUGCAAUCCUUGGAAUUUCGAAAGGUUUAGUGCAUAUACGACGCUUUCGAAAAGUACCCUCCCUAUCAAUGGCGGGGGUAUCCGCAGCAUCAACAACCGCAGUUAUAGAUGAAUCCCUCUCGUCCCCUACUCUCUCUGUCAAUGCCGACGAUCCUUACGCCGUGAUUCGCAUUCAUCCUGCGCUUAGCUCCACCCUCGCGGCAGCGUGCGCGGCAUAUUUGGCUGCACAUCUCGCCGCGCAAGCAGUGGAAUUUGCCCGGUCGAUCGCUGAGGACAGCAAGAAGAAGUCAAGGAAUAGCGACCUCAUAUGGCAGUCCGAAUCAAGUGAUCGAUCUUUUCGCCUUAUUCGUGCCGCAGAGGCAUUAGAGCAAAUUGCGGAAGACGCGAUCGCACAGUGGACACCACUACGGAGAUUCGGGCUAGAGGUAAAUCCGAGCACGAAGGCUCAUCCGGACGAAGCAGCUGGUGCGUUUGUAGACUUGUGGUCGACUCUAGGAUGUCUCCCAGAAUACGCACCAUCUCUGUCUGAAGCAGCGACUGUUGCAGCCGCCGAGAUGGCGGCUGCUGCCUCUCGCGCGGCAAUCGAAGCCGCUGAACAAAAAGAUGGGGGGCGACGGCGUAGACGUCGGCGAGAGAAACGAGGAGAGAGGGUUCAAAGUGUUGCCAAAGAGGGGCUUAAACUGUUUGAUACGACAUCUGCAGAUUCCUUGUUCGGUGCCUACCCCGUUCGUUUCUCCGCUUCUGCGGAAGGCCCGUGGUCUGGACGGGGAAGACAUGCAUCUCUCUAUAGAGAGGACAAAGCGCUGUUUCGGACACUCUGUGUGAGCGCAACUGAUCCGCCGGCAGUAAUUGUGGCAACACCAAAGGGCAUUCAGGAAAUUGUCCCUUCUUCUUAUACGACGAUGCCAGCGGGAUUCAGGAGCCAUUAUUUAUCGAAGCGAGGUCGCCGCCCUGAGGCGGAAGAAGAUGAGAGGCUAAAGGCGCUCGCCAGAGACAGAGAUCUUGAAAACUCAGAGGAAAAUCGAGAGGAAGAAGACUCAUUCUUGAGUAGCUAUGACGGGUUUGGGGAAGGUCCCUACGUUCCUUUAGAGCUACACGCAAAUGAGUUCGGCAAAAGCCGUCGAGCACGGACGGCUGUGAACGGUGCUGCUAGAAAGGCAAUAUGGAGACACCAAGUACACGCAACAACCCUAGCAUCACACCCGAUGCGCCGAAGGUUUGCAUCUGGUGGCACAGAUGGAGUGGUGAGAUUGUGGGAUUUCGCAGAUCCAAUAUCCUUGGCCUCAUUCCGUGAAGACAACUAUGGACGAGUAUCGGAUUUGUGCUUUUCCGCGUAUGGCAAUACGAUGCUUGCUGUUUAUUCUUCCGGUCAUGUUACGAUUUGGGAUGACCCAGAUUUGUACAAUUCGCGGGGAGGUCGUGGAUCAAGGGGCAGUCGAGCGAAGAACAUCCAGGCAUUUGAUAACAGAGCAGCGGGUGCGGGUGACUUUUUAGACGAACGCCAUACUAUAGCUGUGGUGGGUGAUCCUACGGCACCGCCAUCGGUAGGCCACUCGCUCCGUAUCUUCGACACGAGAGAACCUAAUUACGGCUUCCAUGCCACUUGGAGUGCGGCGGUGAAUCAUCAGCUCGAGGCUCGGUGUCUUACUUUGUUAGAGGAUCGCAUGCGGGUAGUCACGGGUGGUCUUGACGGGUCGAUAUCGGUCGUGGAUAUCCGAACGAGGACUUGUGUGGCGGAGCUUCCUGCACACAGCGAUGAAGUAACGUGUCUCGCACUUGAGAUGCCGAGAGGGCGAGCGCUUGUCUCUGGCAGUGUCAAUGGAGAAAUCAAGCUGUGGGACUCAAGAACGCUGUUACAGCUUGACGUUCUCCAGGCUGCCCACAAACCGACUAGACACUACUGGAGUGGCAAUGGUUUAGGAGGAUUCGUAGGAUCAUACGGAACACAUGGUUUAGCCUUAACGGAUCGAAGUUUGAUAUCAUGCGGGGGCGACGGAGUUGUUAAGAUCUGGGGUCCAGGCUGGAGUGACUUCGACCUGAAUGUAUUAUAACGACAAGGCAGCCACGAGGUAAAUAACGGUGUCCUGCGGUAAAGUUCGAAUAGAACAGUGACUACACUUCACAU